AUGAAUCCCAGGUCCAGCUUUGCUGCGUCGGACACGACCUACCACAGCUUCCACGACAUCGAGCUGCAAGAGCCGCCGUCUCCCCCCCGCUCAAGAGGUGCCACCGGCUCGGACCACGCAGCCGACGGCGUGAAUCGGUCCAGCCAGCAGGCACCACCUCCCACGGCAGUGAAGAUGCAGCGGCGGGACUCGGGGUACGAGUCGCACCAGUCUGGCUCGGCCCGAACCUCCAUUUCCCACCCUCGGCCGGUCCCCCCGUCGCGGCGCAUGUCAAGCGUGUCUUCGGCCGGCGGCGCGGCCACGACGACUCGGACCCGGACACGGCCGCCCACGCGCCCGUCUGCCAAGUCGUAUCCCCAGUCCGCCACGCCGUCUCUGUACCCUCGCGGCAGCGGAGGCGCGCAACCACCACCGGGGUACUUCCAGUUCCCUGCCCCGGACCUGGUCGAGCUCGCCGAGACCGCGUCCCGCGCCGAGCCGUCGCCUCACCUGCCGCCGCCCACCACGCACUACUGGACAAGCGACAGCACCCGCCGGAUAGAGUACGCCGCCAUCGACGCCGCCAGCCGCGGUAUCAAGGGGUGGAUCAGGAGGCACCUCGUCCCGGACUGCUUCACGCCCAGACACGUGGCCUUUGACGACGACUCGGGCAGCGUGCGUCGCUACAGACUGGAGCUCGAAGAGGAACAAGACGAAAAGGUGUGCCCUCAAGCCAGAGAUCGCCGCAAGGGCUGGCACUUUUUUUCUCUGCGGAAAAGCAGCACCAUCUGA